AAAGGAGGGAGUAACUCAUAGAAAAGCCCAUCAGUAUUUGAACCCAUAGACUUGAACCCAUAGACUUGACUUGGGUCGGACUCAUCUCGUGACACAGUCACUUUCCCUUCACAUACACACUGCACGCCGCCACCGUCAUCUACCGUCCCCGUUCCGCUUUAGGGUUUCGCCACGAGCACGGGAGCGAGGGUGAAAGAAGAAGGAGCACGGUUCAGUAGCAAAAAUUAUUCAAGUAGCAAAAUGCUAUACAUAAUCGGAUUAGGGUUAGGCGACGAGAAAGACAUCACACUCAAAGGUUUAGAAGCAAUUAAAAAAUGCGACAAGGUUUACAUGGAAGCAUACACUUCUCUCCUCUCCUUUGGUCUCUCCUCAAACGGUCUCUCCAAUCUCGAAAACCUUUACGGUAAACCCAUUAUUCUUGCUGACAGAGAAAUGGUUGAAGAAAAAGCACAUGAUUUUCUCUCCCAAGCUCAACUUUCUCAUGUUGCUUUUCUCGUUGUUGGCGAUCCUUUCGGGUAUGCAGCUUCUCUUAUACUAUUUUUUGUUUUUGUUUUCUGCAGGGCUACAACUCAUACUGAUCUUGUUGUUCGAGCCAAGGAGAUGGGGAUCGAGGUGAAAAUUGUGCAUAAUGCAUCGGUUAUGAAUGCUAUUGGGAUUUGUGGUUUGCAGCUAUAUCGUUAUGGAGAAACUGUUUCCAUACCGUUCUUUACCGAGACAUGGAGACCUGAUAGCUUCUAUGAAAAGAUUCAACAAAAUCGGAACUUGGGACUUCACACACUUUGCUUGUUAGAUAUUCGGGUGAAGGAGCCUACAUUGGAAUCUUUGUGCAGAGGAAAAAAAGCCUAUGAACCACCCAGAUAUAUGACAAUCAACACAGCCAUUGAGCAGUUAUUGGAGAUUGCACAAGCACGUGAAGAUUCCACCUACACCGAAGAUACCGAGUGUGUUGGGCUUGCUCGGAUUGGAAGUGAAGAUCAGAUGGUAGUUGCUGGUACAAUGAAGCAGUUACAGUUGAUUGAUUUUGGAGCGCCUUUACAUUGCCUUGUCAUAACAGGCAAGACCCAUCCUCUGGAGGAAGAAAUGUUGAAUUUCUACAGAUGCAGGACAUAGUUACAACAUCAAGACAUAUGAUAUGACCAUUUAAUCCAGCAAAAUGGUUUUUGUUGAAGAGGCUCGAAAAUCAUCCAUUCAGUUUUCAUGGGUCUCUUUUUUGGAAUGUUCAGCACUAUCAUAUCAUCGACACGGGUUGCUUCAAGCCCCGUCAGAGGAGAAGCUGAAUUUAAAUUUGUAUUGUUUCUGGAAAAUAUAAGAAUGGGUUUGUAAUUUAAUCUUUUGCAAAUCCCUUUAUGGGAUCAUUGUUUACUUCAUAGAAUUUUUUCCGGAUUGGAUAACAAUACUGACAAAAAUAACACUAGAAAUCUAGCUGUCAUUAUAUAACUUAUUGUGAAGUGGUUUGGUUUGGUUGGAAAUGAAAUUUCAAAUGUUUGGAUAUA